AUGGCUACAGAAGUUGAUAUCGAUGAUUCAUUUUAUAGUCGACAAAGGUACAUGUUGGGCGAUCUUGCUAUGCGCCAACUAUCGAAGGCUAAGGUAUUUCUUAGCGGUUUAGGAGGCCUUGGCGUUGAAAUAGCAAAAAAUGUAACGUUGGCCGGUGUUAAGGGUCUAACACUUCACGAUGUCAAAAACGCUUCUGUCUAUGAUCUUGGAACCCAAUUCUAUUUAAAUACCGAAAACAUUACAAAAAUUGAGAAUAGAGCGAAGGCAAGUUUUCAAAGCAUCUCUCAACUUAAUCCACAUGUUGUAGUGGAUGUUUCAACUACUCCAUUCAAUUGCGAAAGUGACCUAUCGUUCUUAUUACAAUAUCAAUGUGUCGUUUUAACUGAAAGUCCGUUAGAGUUACAAGUUGUCGUAGAUCAGUUUUGUCGAUCGCAAGAUCCACCUAUUGCUUUUAUUUCAGCUGAUGUAUUUGGAUUAUUCUCCUUCUUAUUUUGUGAUUUUGGUGAGAGUUUUCAAGUUAUUGAUGGAGAUGGAGAAGAGCCUGAAGAAAUACUUCUAUCCAACGUAUCUAAAGAUAAUCCUGCGGUAGUGAAGACAAUAUAUGGCGUGCGUCAUGGUCUAACAACUGGAGAUUACGUAAAAUUUCGUGAAAUUAAAGGAAUGACUGCAUUAAAUAAUAGAAUUGAACAAAUAACAGUGAUCAGUCCGGACGAAUUUACCAUUUGUGAUACAACCUCCGACCAAUUUGGGUCGUAUGCCAACGGUGGUACAUGUGUUCGCGUUAAGAUACCGUUUAAUGUGCAAUUUGAGGAUCUAUCAACGCAAUUUAAUAAACCUGAUAUUGCAAUGACAGAUUUUAGCAAGCCUGAGGUAAAUUUGCAAAGUAUAAUUGCUUUAAGAGCCUUACAUACCUUCAACGAUGGCUAUAAGCGAAUGCCAAGGAUAAGGGACACUAAAGAUGCUGAGCAAGUCAUUAACAUAGCACUGUCAAUAAUUGAUAGCAUGAUUACAAAGGUUGAUAAAUUAGAUGUUGAUAUAGUUACACAGUUGGCGUACACUUGCCAGGGAUGUUUUCAGCCAUUAGUUGCAACCAUGGGCGGCAUUGUUGGCCAAGAAGUUCUUAUUGCGCUAACUAAUAAAUACGCACCUAUAAAACAAUGGUUGUGCCUAGAAACUCAAAGUUUAUUUGAUGGAAGCAAAGACAAUUCUAUGUUUUUACCAAGAAAUGAUCGAUAUGAUGGACUACGAAUAUGUAUUGGAAAUGAUAUUUGCGAGCGCUUGUCUAAGUUGAGGCUGUUUAUGGUUGGGUGUGGAGCAAUUGGAUGUGAAAUGUUAAAGAACUGUGCACUAACAGGGAUUGCUACUUCCGUAGAUGGGCUAAUGACAAUAACUGAUCAUGAUCUUAUAGAAAAAUCGAAUCUAAAUCGGCAAUUUUUAUUUAGAGAAUCCCAUAUUCAGAAAUCGAAGGCAGUUUGUUCUGCAGAGGUUACUCGAGUAAUCAAUCCAGUUGGUCCUAGUACUGAAACGAGUGUUCACUGUGAUUCAUUUUUUAAAACGUUACACGUCGUUGUAAAUGCUCUUGAUAAUGUUGAAGCUAGACGAUACAUGGAUGGCCGUUGUGUAAGUAAUCAGCGACCUCUACUAGAUUCUGGAACGACUGGCCCUAAAGGGCAUGUCCAGGUUAUCUUACCAUUUGAAACAGAGACUUACUCCGAUCAGCGUGAUGCAAAUGAUGAGACUGUUAUUCCUUAUUGUACCUUAAAAUCUUUCCCAGCACGUAUUGAACAUACUAUUCAAUGGGCAAGAGAUAAGUUUGAAUCUUUUAUGGUACAUAAACCUUCUACUUAUUCAAAAUUUUGGUCAAUUCAUGGUCAACCAAAUGAAAUUAUAGAGAAACUUGAGAGAAACCAAAGUUUACAAGGGAUCGUAGUAGUCGCGAAGCUGUUAAAUAACAGGCUCCAUACUUGGGAAGAUUGUAUCAGAAUUGCCAGAAUUAAAUUCGAAAAGUAUUUCAAUCAUAAGGCUCGUCAGUUGUUAGAUGCGUUCCCACUAAGUGCAACCCUUUCUGAUGGAUCAUUAUUUUGGAGUUCUCCUAAACGUCCUCCCGCUCCUCUACAAUUUGAUGUACAUAACGAAACUCAUAUAGCAUUUAUUGAAUCAACGGCUAGAUUACUUGCAGAUGUUUAUGGCUUAUCGUAUAAUCAACAGCUAGCGCGGAUAUCUAUUCCUGCUAUCGUUGCUGACACUGUUAUUCCUGUAUAUACCAAAUCAAAUAAGGAAAUUGUUGUUGAUGAAUCGGUGAAGAAAGAGGAAAUAACAAAAGUGGAGACGAAAAUUGAAAAAUAUAUUCAUGAUGUUAAUCUUCGGGCUAUGAUGUAUGGAAUUGAAACUGUUGAUAGACUAAAAACAAAAAGAAUUGCUGGAAAGAUAGUGCCCGCUAUUGCUACGACAACUGCUACCGUUGCUGGUUUAGUUACGGCUGAAUUAAUCAAGAUUGUAAGUCAAUUACCUCUAAAUGGCUAUCGAAACGCGUUUAUCAAUUUGGCUAUACCAUUGGUACUCCUAUCAGAACCUGGACCUGCAAAUAAAACAGCUAUUAAUGACGAUAUUUCGUAUACGUCGUGGGACCGAUGGGAUGUUGUAGGAGAUGAAUCUUUUACAUUGUCACAGUUUAUACAGUGGUUCAAGGAUCAUUAUAAACUUACUGCUACGGCGGUCAUGCAUGGAGUUAAGAUCAUUUAUAUGGCCGUGAUGCCUGGGCAUGCUAAAAAAAGGGAUCAAACGAUGAAGAAAUUAUUAAAGUUGCAAAGUAGCGUAAAAAGUGUCGAGUUAACUGUUUCGUUUGAAGACAAGUAUGGCGAUUCCGUGACUACUCCUCCAAUACGUUAUAGUUUAAGUUAG